AUGGGCCUGGGCACGUGGUCGUGGGGGAAUCAGUUCCUCUGGGGGUACUCCGAAGACAUGGAUGGGGAGUUGAGGGAGGUGUUUCGCGAGGCGUGCGACCGGGGCAUCAACCUGUUCGACACCGCGGACAGCUACGGCACGGGCGCGCUCGACGGCCGCAGCGAGAAGCUCCUCGGCGAGUUCAGCGAGGAGUACUGCGCAGACCGCAAGAAGCCGCGUUCGAGCCUCGUCCUCGCCACGAAGCUCGCGCCCUAUCCCUGGCGCGUCACGACGGGCUCCUUCCUCACCGCAGCGAAAGCCUCCGCGCAACGCAUGCGCCUCGACACCCUCGACGUCGGGCAGCUCCACUGGAGCACCGCGAACUACCAGCCGCUGCAGGAGCGCGCCCUGUGGUCGGGUCUCGCCGCGCUCGCCGAACGGGGCGUCGCCCGCGAGGUCGGACUCUCGAACUACGGCCCGAAGCAGAUGGUGAAGAUCUGCGACUUCCUCGCGAAGGAGGGCGUCGCGCUCGGGUCCGCGCAGGUGCAGAUCUCGCUGCUUUCGUGGGGGCCGCUGCAACGGGACGUGCUGGACGCGUGCACCGCGCUCGGCGUCCUGCCGAUCGCGUACUCGCCGCUGGCGCUCGGAAUGCUCACGGGGCGGCACCGUCCGGGCGACGCCAGCACGUAUCCGAAGGGUCCCAGGAAUGGGUUGUAUAAGCAGGUGCUGGGGGGGUCGGGGGAGUUAUACGGGGUGUUGGACGCCGUGGCGGCGGAGCGAAACAAGAGCGUGCCGCAGGUGGCGCUGAACUGGUGCAUGUGCAAGGGCACGGUGCCGAUCCCCGGGGCGCGGAACGUCGCGCAGCUGCGCAGCAACCUCGGGGCGUGCGGGUGGCGCCUCUCUGACGGGGAGGUGGAGGAGCUGGAGCGCGCGGCGGCGCGCGGGGGCAAGGGAAUGGUGCAGAAUAUCUUCCAGACGAGCUGA